AGUCGCAAUAGUCAAAAACCAAGUAUAGCUCACAUUUUCACUCGAUACCAGUUAAUUGCUUCUUUUUUUUUUGUUGAUCGCCCACACGCAACCUUCAUAGAUUGUGAUAGAUUCUCAAAGUGUUAAUCACUUUCCAAUACCUUCACGAAUUGGAAAUAGACAACAGCUACUUAAAUAUUUAAAUACAAACAAUGCAAUGUCAAUAUGGCUAUUGUUUAUAAUGUGUUAGCUAAUCGCUCACUAACAAUAUUUGGCAAAAACAGUUCGCAAGCAGCUGCGUAAACCUGCCAAAUCUCUCGCACCUGAGGUGCUAUAUAAAUUCAUCAAACUGAUUAAAGUUUAUCAUUCGAUUGUUGCAAUUACGUGAAUUUAAUUAAAUUAAGAUGAGCAGCAGUUUGAUUAUUCUCGGCUGUGCCUUUCUGGCAAUACUUAUGGCUCACCUGCCAGUGGGCGAGGCAGUCACCUGUGCCGAGGAGCCCAACAAUAUAGAUUGUGUCGACUGUACGGCUGAAAUUAAUAUAGAUGACGCCGAAUGCAUUGCCGAGUAUGAAGACUACGAGGAAUACAACGAUGGUGAUGUGGAUACUAUAACCCGACGUCCAGGCAGGCGACCUGGCUGGAGGAGGGGCGGCAGGCGCGGUGGCAGACCGAAAACCAUCUUGGGAAGCAUCCUGCAGAAGAAAAUGCGCAUUAUCAAGGGAAUAAAGCAAGGCUAA